CAAAUACUGAAUAUCAUUAUCAUUCAUAUCAUUUAUACCAUUUAUAUCGCCUACAAGACAAGAACAAACAAAAUGCCCAAGGAUCUCACUCUCAACCCCCUCCACCUCUUCCACCGAAAACAACACCAACACCCUACUGCCUCAGAGUCAGGCGCAGAUUCAGCGAGCCAGAUUACUCUCAUCCAAGAUAAAGAAAAGAUGAAAGAGAAGAAACACAAGACUCCCCCGACGGGGUAUAACGCGGGGGAUAUGUGCUUUGGGACGUGCUGUCGGUGAUUAUUGAUCUUUUAUGGUUACUGGGUUAUGAUUUUGGUGUAUUGGGUAUAUUGGGUAUAUUGGGU